AGGUGCAAGAGUGGGGCCACAGCAGUUCGGGGUGGAGACUGGCUUGCCUGGGAGUUCAAUAUGGAAUCGCUCUACUACUUCCUGGGCUUUCUGCUGCUGGCUGCCGGAUCACCACUCACCACAGCCACCCGAUUUCGUGAUGUACUGAGCAGUGACAAACCCCGUGGCAUUCUGAGCAAGCGCACCCCAUUACAUGGCUGGUCGUCCGACGAAAACAGCUGGAACGCAAAGCUCUACCCAGUGUGGAAGAGAGGGGACCUGAGGUGGAGGAACUCCUGGAAGGGCGGCCACCUGCAGGCGGCCCUGACCAGCGACUCCCCGGCGCUGGUGGGCUCCACGCUGACGUUUGUGGUGAACCUGGUUUUCCCCAGAUGCCAAAAGGAAGACGCCAACGGUGACAUCGUCUAUGAGAAGAACUGCAGGAAUGACACCGGCUCAUCCACUGACCAGUAUGUCUACAGCUGGACGGCCUGGUCAGAGGACAGCGACACGGGCAACAGCAGCGGCCACAGCCACCACAAUGUGUUCCCCGACGGGAAACCCUUCCCUCACCCCCACGGCCGGAAGAGGGGAAACUUCGUCUACGUCUUCCACACGCUAGGUCAAUAUUUCCAGAAGCUGGGCCGCUGUUCUGUGAGACUCUCGCUGAACACAACCAACGUGACCCUCGGCUCUCAGCUCAUGGCAGUGACUGUCUACCGGAGACAUGGCCGAGCGUUCUUCCCUGUCGCCCAGGUUAAAGACGUGUAUGUGGUGACAGAUCACAUUCCAGUCCUUGUGACCAUGUCCCAGAAAAACGACCGAAACGUGUCCGACCACACCUUCCUCAAGGACGUCCCCAUCACAUUCGACGUCUUCCUUCAUGACCCCAGCCACUUCCUCAAUGAGUCCAGCGUCAGCUACAAGUGGAGCUUCGGGGAUAACACCGGCUUGGUCCUCUCCAGCAACCAUAGCUUGAACCACACGUACAUGCUCAACGGCACAUUCAGCCUCAACCUCACCGUGGAGGCCACAGCGCCUGGCCCUUGCCCUCCGUUCGUGCCCACACCUCCAGCCACGUCCCCAGUGCCCUGCCCUUCUCCAGGACCUGCUAAUGCCAACUGCUUGGAGCUGAGUGAGAAUCCUGUUGGAAGCUGCCAGAUUAACAGAUAUGGCUACUUUAGAGCUACCCUCACAAUUGUGGAGGGAAUCCUGGAGGUGAACAUUGUCCGGAUCGAGGAGGUCCCUGCUCCCCAGCCCGGCAGCUCGCUGGUGGAUUUGGUUGUGAGCUGCCAGGGAACCUUCCCCACUGAGGUCUGCACCAUCAUUUCUGACCCCACCUGCCAGAGUGCUGGGAGCUCUUGGUGUGACACCGUGGACAUCAACGAGGGUGAGGGGUGCCUGCUGACCGUGAGGAGGAACUUCAGCGGUUCAGGGAGGUACUGUGUGAACCUCACCCUGGGCGAUGACACCAGCUUGGCCCUCACCAGUACCUUCCUCUCUGUCUCCAGGAGAGACUCAGCGUGGCCCCUGCAAGCAGUGGACGGCAUCCUGAUCGCCGCUGGCUGCCUGGUCCUGUGCCUGGCUGCUUUCUCCGUGCACCUGUACAGAAAACACAAGGAAUACAAACCAAUAGGAAGUCACGCCGGGGGCACGGAGGAGGGCAAGGGCCUGAAUGCCUUCCUCGGCCACGCCAAGGCCGUGUCACUCCCAGGAAACCAGGAGAAGGAUCCACUGCUCCAAACCCUUCCACAAGCUCUCUAAGUCGGCCCC